CUCCCUCUCUUUCUCUCUCUUGUUCAAUCUCCUGAAGAGUUGUCAGAGUCCUGUACAUCAGAAUUUUCAGGGCCUUCGAGGGUUUAGAUUGGAAUGGAGUGCAGAGUCUAAGACGCUAUUCGGCGCCACUUGUCCUUUGUGAUGGAAAAUAUGUUUCUUUGAAAUUGAAAGCCUCUUCUGCCUGGUGUUUAUGUUUCAUUAAAGUAGAAACAAAAUCAUUUUUCCUGCAUCAGAAGAAAAGAUAAAUCAACAACCAGCUACUGCUACACAAGCGUGGGAUGAUUUGUAAGGCUAUUUGCUCAGAUAACUCAGCUGACAUCAAAAGGGUACGAGAAUUUUGAGCUUUGUGAUCGGAAUCAUUGGAGAACGCAAGAAGAGAUCGGAUAAAUGGCUCGCCUACUGCUAAGCAUGGAUUCAACCUCAUCCCCUCCAGGUAACGGCAACAGAACAGGGGGUUUUAACACAAGUGAUGCCAAUUUUGACACAAACAUGGUGAUUAUACUAGCGGCCUUGCUCUGUGCAUUAAUAUGUGCUUUAGGGCUAAACUCAAUUGUAAGAUGUGCUUUGAGAUGCAGCAGCAGGUUUGCUUUUGAGACAUCAGAUGAAGCUGCAGCUCGUGUAGCGGCAAAAGGGUUGAAGAAGAGUGUUUUGCGUCAGAUCCCUAUAGUUGUAUACGGUUCAUCAGGUUCUACUGAUAUUGGAGCCACUGAGUGUCCAAUUUGCCUAGGAGAGUUUGUGGAUGGAGAGAAAGUGAGGGUUCUUCCAAAGUGCAACCAUGGAUUCCACGUGAGGUGCAUAGACACAUGGCUUCUCUCACAUUCUUCUUGCCCUACUUGCAGGCAGUCUUUGCUUGACCAGCAUAAUGCAAGCACUUCUGGUUCUGGCAAUGUAUAGUUGUAGCUGUGGAUGAGGUUUGCAAUUCUUAACCCUCCACCGUCAACUCAUCAAGAUCUGUACCACAGAAAAAGAAAAGUUGGAAAUAGAGAUUAGGUUGUUUAUAGCUUUCUAUCUUGGGAUUUUCUUUUCCUUCCUUUCUUUUUCUUUUUGGGGAUUUGCGGUGCUGUUAUUGUGAUUUGUAUGGAGAUAUCAGCCAGGUGAACAUCAGUAUUGCAGAUUAAAAUUUCCUGAUAAUGGUUUCUGAGUGGCCUUUUCACAUUCAGUGCUUGUAAAUGUUCUCUGUCCUAAAGCAAAUGGUACUGAAUCUUGAAUGUUUGUUUCUUGCAAA